AUUUAGACAAUUCUGCUAUUACUGUUGAUGCUGCUAAUAUUGCUAAUGCAAAUUCAGAUGAUUCUGCUAUUACUGUUAAUGUUGUUAAUGUUGCCAACACAGAUUCAAAUAGUUCUUCUGUUGCAGUUGAUGCUAUUAACGUGAAUUCAGAUGAUUCUGCUGUUGCAAAUGAUACUGUUAAUGCAGAUUUUGUUAGAUUUCUUGAUUAA